GGUUUAAAAAUGGAUAACAUAAUGAAACAAUUCAGUAAAAUGCCUAAGGAUGUUAACAUAAUACAAAACAAUCUGACCAGAAAGGAAAAACAAGUGAAUGCGCAAUACAAUGGUAAAGACAGAAACACACAUAUUUGUGAACAGUUUGGUGACGCAACUAGAGACAGAGUUCUUGAUGGUUGUGAGGAUAAUUUGGUCGAGAAUGGGGAUAAUUUAGCAGAAAACUUGGAUUCAAGUGCGAAUUUAACUCCGGUUAAAUUGGUCAUUCACGAUGCAUGGUGCGAGUUGACAAUGUACCCUCCCCAGCAGCUUCAUCAGCCAAGACGGCGGAAGAAACGCCCAGCCCAUGGGCUCAAAACAGUGGAAGUCAGUCGCGGCAAGUCUGGAUACGGGUUUACCAUCUCGGGUCAGCAUCCGUGUGUGUUGAGCUGCAUUGUAAACAACAGCCCCGCAGACAAAGUGGGUCUGCGUCCCGGUGACUACCUCAUCUCAGUAAACGGACUUGACGUCUCUCGACACAGCCAUGACGAUGUCGUCUGCAUGGUCGGCACCUCCACAGGAACUCUUACCAUCCAGGUGGUAGAGAACUACAACAGCAGCGACUCCUCUGAUGAUGAACACUACCAGUGGGCCAAAUCCAAGUACCGUGCCCGACGUGGCCACCGUGCUGACAAAUACAGUGAGAAAAUGGACAAACUUCUCGCAGACAUAAGCAACCAGGAUCGUCAUUGUCCUGAUGGCACCAGCCAUGACCCAACCUCUCGGCCCCUAGCGGGAAUGGAUAAGAUUGAUAACAAUAAAAAAGCUGAUCAAUUAAAGGCGCGAUCAUCAAGACCACGUCUUCACAUGCCAGUGGGCGCCGAAAAUCAUGAAAUUCAAGCUGUGGGGACUAGUUAUAUUGAAGCGGGUGCUACUAACAUGUUCAAAGUACCUUUUCAGAAAAGUAUUUCGUGUUCAAAUGUGCCAGCAACAUCGAGUGUUCCUACGCGUAAUAGAGUCGAACCGAAGCAAGCGUUCAUUAAGAGCACAUCUCAGGGACAAUUUAAUGCAAAACAAACACCAACGAACCAACAUUCGUACCCUUCUCGAUCUCACGCCACUCCGCACCUUGCUCAGAUGUCGCGGGCCAAUAUGUACGACCAAUUUUCUCCAAACUCAUUACAGCAAAUAAUUAACCAUUCACUACACUCCUAUAGUGCUGCAAAUGAGGCAUUUAUUAUGAAUGAAGAUGAGACUGACAGCGACGACGAAGAUGAUGAUGAUGAGGAGGAGGGUCCGUUCUCACCCGAAGGAGAGAUGGUUAGGAUCGUGGUGGGAUAUAUUGGUUCACUUGAGAUGCCGGGAGAUCCGAGCCAACCGCAUGUGAGGAUACAGUCCAUACGGAAUGCUGUGCGAAGACUCCGAGUUGAGCAGAAAAUCCAUACACUUGUUCUUAUGAUCGUCACCCCGUAUCGGGGCGUUACGCUUGUUAAUAUGAGCGGGAAGGAGAUAGCUUUCUAUCCCGUGGAGCGACUGGCCUUCAGCGGGGUGUGUCCAGACGAUAAGCGUUUUUUUGGUAUCGUGACGCUGCGGCGGAUGGCAGACAACAGUGAUAGUGAUGGGGCUUCCCGAGAGGAGACGCAGGGUUGUGCGUGCCACAUCUUCAUGGUCGAUCCUGAGCUAACGGCUCAUAACGUUCAUGCAACAAAAGCCAGGUCGUUCGGCUUUGAUUGCACUAUGGCCCAAGGUACACAGCGAUGUGUGGAGUUUCCGCGAUCAACUACACCAAUAAUAAUGUCGAUCUCAAACUUGUACAAAGACAGACCCAAUACCUCAGUGGAAAAUGAUAUGGAGAGAUCUCAGGUGUUCGCGAAUCCAAAUAGACAGAUUGAGCAUGUAAGGACCAGUAGUAGUAGCAGCAACAACAGUAAUAGUGACAGUGGUCUAGGGUUAUGUAGGGAUGAUAAUCGGCCCAGUAGGGGUGUGGGUGUGGUGGUUGAAGAUCCGACCCCUCCCCCUGUCCCUGCCCGGCCACAACCCCCACCUCCUCAGCUUCCUCAGGUCAAGUGGUCGGGUAACACAAUGUACUUGAUGGAUGGACCAGUGAGACAAGCGAGAACCUCAAGCUCCAGUUUAGACCAGGUUGAUACGACUCAUACAAGUAGUAGAUCGACAGCUACUCCGAAUCUAGAUGCUUCAACAAGUCCAGAAAUGUUAGCCUCAAAAGAUAAGCUGAAUGUUCGAGCUUUGCCUGGAAAGUCGCCAGGAAGAAACAGUUUGCCAGGUGAUGGAUUUGAAGACCAGAAUGCAGCAGAAAAGCUGCGACAGGGCAUGCAGAAGUUGUUACAGACGCGUCAGAAGACCUCACCUCCUGAUCACACCAGCAGUGACACGGAAUCCCGCAGUUCACAUACGGGUAGCGAUCUCACUAGAUCAGCAUCAGAUAGAUUUGAACGGCCCGUCUCAGCACCUUUUAAAUACUUGUCAAAUGAGCAUCAUUCUGAUAGUAAGCUAACAAAGAACAAAUAUAAUCACAUAAAGCAGGACUCAGACUCUAGUCUUGCGGACAAACUGUCUCCACGGGCGUUUCUCUCGUCAGCAUUUUCUCCUGUUGAGGGUCGAAAUUCAGCCUACAAAAAGGGUCGGUCCAAAUCCCGCCCCCAUCAGGAAAUGAGGUCACCUUCGGCCCCGCCAAUCCCCAGUUACCAUGGCGAUGAUGAAGACAGCGAUGAGGAAGGAGUCAACAGUAUUAUAAAGAGAUUUCAGAAGGAACACACUCUGGGACUGACUACCGACAGUAUAGAACUCCUCAAGGGGGAGCACUCCAUAUACAAACAGCGUGACCAAGAGCGGAAAGGCGUGACACCCCUGGGCUCUCCGGAAGAAGGGUCGGGCGUAGUCAAGGAAAGAUGGAGUGGUGUGUUUCAAAACGGGCUCUCCCCUGGGAAAUACCGGUCCAAGAAUCAUAGAAACCCCCUCAGUCUCUCACACGAGUCACUGGUUGUGCUUGACCAGGAUUCAACGCCCAACAAGCUCUCAUCGGCAAGCAGCGUGAACAGCAUCGUGAGCCAUGUUGCCACAGCAACGGAACGGGAAGAGGUGGGGCGUGUCACAUCGUGGGCCGUCAACUUCGACAAGCUGCUCAGGGAUCGUGUUGGCAUCGCUGUCUUUAAGGAAUUCCUUAAGAAAGAGUUCAGCGAAGAAAAUAUUGAAUUCUGGCAAACCUGUGAGGACUAUCGCAACAUUGCCGACCCUAAGCUGCGUAAGGCAAAGGCUCGUGAGGUUUACGACAAACACGUAGCCAUGCACAGUUCUGACCCAGUGAACAUCGACAGUGCGUUACGUAAGGGCGUGGAAGCGGAGCUGACCGUGGACAAUCCUCCACCCACCAUCUUUUUACAGGCACAGCAACACAUCUACCAGUUGAUGAAGCAAGACAGCUAUGUCCGGUUCCUCAAGUCUGAGGUCUACCGCUCAUACAUGAUGGCUGAGAUGGAGGGUCAGGCACUUAAAAUGCCUGGGGCCACAUCCACUGACCCACGACAGGUUCUAGCAACAGGAAAUACUGAAGCUGGAAAGAAGAAGGGAAAAAAUGGGAAGGACGGGACGGAGGAAAAUAAGGAGAGACGCCGGCGAUCUCUUCUGCCAUGGAGACAGAAAUCCAAAAAGCAGGGAAACAAGAAUGAGAAAAAUGAAAACGAUGCCAAGAACCUGAAACCCAGCAAAGACAACAAAGAUAACAACAUGAAUGAUCUCCCUUUGAAGUGUAACGCCCCCACCACUAUUGAUACGGUGGCUUCAAAACGAGAUUUGGCUCAGAUUGCUGUUCCUGCAACGAUAGAUGAAGAAGCUGAGCAGCCUCGUUUUUGUCGCGUGAUCAUGCCAGACGGCUCUACCACUGUUGUCGGCACGCGUCAUGGGCAGUCUAUCCACCACAUUCUUGGGAAACUGUGCGAGAAAAGAAGUCUGUCAAUUGCGAGCGUUGAUGUGUUCCUGCUUGGAUCUGAUAAGCCCCUGAACUUGAACGAGGAUAUUUCAACACUCGGUUCGAAGGAGGUUACUAUUGAACGUCGAGUGCUGUUUCGAAUGGAUCUACCAAACAAGAAAUGUAUCGGCGUCAAGGCGAAACCAAACCGACUUAUUCGUGAUGUGUUCAAACCAAUUCUCAACAAAUACGGCUUCAGAAUGGAAACGAUUGACGUUCAUUUGUGUGGCCAGUCUGAGUCUCUAUGCCUCGAUGAUAUUGUCUCGUCAAUUGACAGCCAGCGUGUAAUUGUUCUCUUGCAACCCCCUACGGAAACCCCUGUUAAGCGGACCGGAGACCAAGCGAAGAGAUUAACUCCAAAACGUCCUCCCUUACCUAAUAAGUUUACUAGCAAGUUUGGUUUCCUUGGUAACCCAACUAACAACAACAACAACAAAUCUAUUAACAACGAUACUAGCUCCUCCCUUCAAGAUCUAACUAACGAAAUAUUCGGCAGUCUUAUGCUGGAUAAGAGUGAUUCGUUAUUAGACCAUAAUUUUGACGAACUUGGAAUUUUAGAUCCGGUUGUUAAGUCUCCUAAGGUGGAGACAGUGGAUCUGACGGUGUGUUCGCCAUCCCGCGACCACCCCGACGCCGCCGACCCCGGACCGGAAGUGACGAACAGGGGCGUGGCGGGCAGGAAGCUGCGGAACAAACAGAAAGUCACCUUUGCCCUCCCGAAACAUUCACACCAAAACCAAGCUAGCAACACAGCAGGUGGUUCAUCCUCAAAGGAGAGAUCGAAAAAUGUGGGGUUAGCUCCCCUACCAGAUGGUGCCAAACAAAACAAUAUUGAGAAUGUUCCUGAUGCUGCUAGCAACACUUCUAUUAAUGUUCAGAAACACACAGAUGGUAUACGCAAUCAUGACACGGGUGGUACACACAGUCACAAUCUCCCGCGAGCAGAUGUUACCAAGGCCAAAGGUCAAAAUGAGAAAAAGUCUGAAGCGGAAGAUUUGGACCAUGAAAGCAGUGAUAAACGAGCAUCUCGGGACUUAAUGACUGAGAUCGAUGAUUACAUUGAAAGUAUUCAUGAAAACUUUGCCGCCUAUACGCGAGAUAGUGCUGUUACUGGUAGUCCUAAUGUUAGAAAAUCAUUGGGUGUUUUAGAUACACCAAAGUCGGCAAUAAAAUCUUCGAAUAAAAGUUUUACUGAGGACGGGGUUAUACCUGACAAUGACGAUGCGGAUAGUUUCUUUCGAGGAAGCCCUCCGACUGAGGAUUUUUUUGGUGACUCAUAUUUCUUAGAAAAAGAUUUUAAGGAUGAAGGUCUAAGUUAUAAUUAUAACAAGUACCUUGCAAAGUCCAGAAACUUUGUUACUCAACGAAAUAAGUUCAUUUCCGAUUCUCAGCCAGUAAGUGUUCAGUUAACAGAGCCAGCAAAAUGGGACAAGAUUGCGUCGCCAAAGAAUAAAGUGAUGACGAGAGGAGCUUCUGCAGGCUCGUUAGAAACGACGUACAUGUCUUCGUCACAUUUGCAACAUAACAAUAGUGAUUCUUCCCUAGAGAGAAACUAUCAUAUAAACCCAAUAAAUCCAACUCCAAAACCAGGAUUUCAGCGCCACUCGCGGCACACAUUUCUACAUAGUCCAAUUACGUCGUCAUCUGACGAGAGCAGUCUGUCAGCAGUCGACACUGACGGAAGCGUUUUACAACACUGCAGAACAGAUCAUGCUUCAGAUGAAGUCACAUUUGUUUGAUGUUUGAUUUUUUAGAAUGGGAAAUUAAUCAGCAAUCUUGAUAUAUUUAUUUGCUAAAGGAAAUUGGUAUUUUAAUAUGAGGGCAGUACAUAGAUUUAAUAUGCAGAAUAUCGCUAUGUAUGAAAUUAAUCAAAUUUUCAAAUUAAUAGCUUUAAAGAAAUUUUUCCUAACAAUAGUAAAUAAGUUAAAAUAACAACACACAAAAGAAAAAAAAUUAUGAGUGUGCAUAAAUUUUCGGGAAAACUGUCAUAUGGAAAGAAAAGUAAUUUGCAUUUUAGCUUUCCUCAACUUAGAUGGACAUAAGUUUAAAAAAAAAAAAUUGAUACAAAAUAGUAUAAAAAUCUUGAAACUAUUUUACUGCCUUUUAGCGCUUUUGGUAUGAGACCUCAGGUUGAACACUGACAAAACUCAUUCUGUUUUAUAUUGUUUUACAGCAGUAUUGCUCUGAAUUCUCAAAUUAUGUUUUAUUGUCUUUUAAGCCUGUCUGAUUGUGAACCAAAUAUCUUCAAAAUCCGCAAACAUUUAAAGAACAUUAUACAGUACUGAUUUAAUGGAGGUUGUUUCUUCUUUGCAAAAUUUGCUGUCUGAAAUUUAUCCACGUUUAAUUUUAUUUGAAAAAGACAUUUUUAGUAGAAAAACUACCAGUAUUUCUUAUAUUACUUUUCAUUUUUUGGGUAGCCACAAUUCAAUUUUUCAACUGCAUGUGCAGAAUUUGUCUUCGACUACGGUAUAUUUUUACUUUUAAGGAUUCUUCAUUUAAGUGAGACAUCUUCUGUCCAUAUCUUGAAACAA